AUGCCUGCCCAUCACCUCGUGCUCGCUCUGCGCGACUGCAAGCCUUACAAGUCCCUUCUCGAAGGAUGCAGGGAUCUGUCCAAGACCGCGUUGAUUCCGUCGGCACCACCUGCAUCAACGUCUAUGAUGCCUUCCUCAUCUGCAGUCAAUGAAGAAAUCGUGAACAUGCAGUCAGACAUGAUCACUCAGGAAGAACUUCGAGACGAGUGCUACCGUAUGGCUUUGAAGUACAAUCUCGCUCUUCAAGUUGAUGAACACAAAUUUCUGAAACUUGAGCGUGCGAUUAAUCACGCUGAAGCUGCUGCCGCACAUAAACGUGGCAUGGAGGCUAAGGAUAUAGAGACACGCCUUUGUGAAGCAGAGAUACGCCUUCGUGAAGCAGAGACGAAGAUGUAUCAUGCGUUGGCGCGUGCAUAUGCGGAGGAGGCAGUGACAUAA